AGAUUGAAAUGGAGAUGACGCAACAUGGAUCGAAUGAUCCUGGGAGGGAGUGGUGUCGCUUACCUGCCUAGGAUUGUAAUUUCAGACUGUUUUGAAAAGCAGCAGACUGAUGGUGGCCACUGAAAGUACCUGAGCUCUUCGAAUGUUAUGCAUAAGUGGCCGAGCAAUGAAGCAGAGGAAUAAGUGCAGAUCGGUCUACUUUCUGAUUCUCGCCGGCCUGUUUAGAGCUGCAGAGGCUGUUCCGGUCAAAGCCAAUGUGAGCUUGUUUUAUUUCAACACUUUGAACAACAGCACUGAGACCGACAAGUGCGAAUGUGGCCUGUACGGAGUGCACUCUCCGGUGGCUGAUGCCGGGGGACUGGUCGUCAUUCCCAACUCUACCAACCUCCAAGCCUGCACUUGGGACACGGAGUUUGCUGCCACCAGAUCACCGUGGGUCGCCCUGAUUGAAAGAGGCAAUUGUACUUUCACAGAGAAGAUAAACCGUGCAGCUGUGCAGGGUGCUGAAGCUGUUGUGAUCUACAACUACCCUUCGCGUGGUAAUUACACAGUCCCCAUGGCACAUCCUGGUACAGGAGACACAGUUGCUAUUAUGAUCAGCUAUAUUAAAGGCAGAGAAAUCCUUCAUAGGAUGGGGGACGGCUUCCAAGUGACCAUGGUUAUCGAAGUGGGGAAAAAACAUGGAUCAUGGAUGAAUAGCUAUUCCAUCUUCUUUGUUUCUGUGUCAUUCUUCAUAGUCACUGCAGCCACAGUGGGGUACUUUAUAUUUUAUUCCGCUCGAAGGCUUAGACUUGCAAGAGCUCAGAACAGGAGACAGAGACAGCUCAAAGCAGAUGCCAAAAAAGCUAUUGGACGGCUUCAGCUGCGUACAUUGAAACAAGGAGACAAGGAAACUGGUCCUGAUGGAGAUAAUUGUGCUGUGUGUAUUGAAGUAUACAAACCAAAUGAUGUCGUACGAAUUUUGACAUGCAACCAUCUUUUCCACAAAAGCUGUAUUGACCCAUGGCUGCUGGAACACAGGACUUGUCCCAUGUGUAAAUGUGACAUACUCAAGGCUCUAGGAAUCGAGGUGGACAUAGAAGACGGAGUGGAGUCUUUCCCAGCCGCUGUGUCCAAUGAAGUUUCUAAUAUCCCUUCUCUUAAUGAAGAAGAUAAUCAUAGUGAGACUGCGUCAUCUGGAUAUGCUUCUGUACAGGGAACGGAUGAACCAGCUCUCGAGGAACCUGCUCCUUCUGAGAGUGACAAUCUUCGCCUUGUGAACAACACAUCCCAGCUGCCUGCUGUAGAUGUGGUUCCACACCUUGACAAUCCAGGUUUUGAGGCAGAUGAAACGCAAGCACGUGAUGCAAAGUCCUAAAUGGCUGCUGUAACAAAACUGCUAGCUACUUGUCAUACCAGCCUCAGACCUUUCAACUCUGAUAAAGCUAAUGUAGCAGCAACGUUGCCUUGAUGAUACUGAGAUAAAAUACAUGAUUUAAGAUUGCAGUUACACAGAGUGACCUGCCCACUAAGUUUAACUUAAUUUUUUUCUUAUAGUGUUAGUUUUAGUAAUCUUCAAAUAAAGAUCUUUCAGCAAAACCAAGGAAGAAAGAUCUUUACACCAAGCCAUCUGAGCACAACCAGUUUUUCAUGUGGUGGAACUUCAUUCAGCCUACAGAAGUAUAAAUUGUGUAUCUUUUUUUUAAGAAGUCUGGUUUUAAGUUAACGGUCUUAAUUUAUUUUCUGGAGGGUUUGGUUUAAAUGAGCACUAGAGUGUGUUUCUUUGAGAUUUGGUUUGGGCUACCAUCUUUUUAUUUAAAUGAGUGCCCUUAUUUUCAGUGAAGUGCCUGUUUAUUCAUUGAGCUGCUAGACACCAGCUAAUAACCAGAACCAUCAAACACACCUGUCAUUGGGCAGUGCCCUGCAUCUACUUCACGUGAGCUUGUGAAAUAAUAAAAAUAUUCAUACUCUGAAUGAGAAGUCAGAUGUUUUAAACUUGCAUAGUUUAAAAACAGCUGUUUUAAGACAUUACCCAUCCCCCCCCCCAAUUAUUUUGAACUGCUUUGAGUUUUCAAGUGGUGCAAACACUGUCUAGCCCAGAAACCAGUCCAGUCUAGAUAACUGCUGCUUUCAGCUUUGUCAGAAGCUGAUUCUCUGUCACUCAGAGGGAAUUUUUGUUGCUCUUCUGAAGGAACAGUUGAGUAAAGAAUGACACCAAAGGAUGCUGCUGAUAUACAAAGUUGGUAACAUGGGAAGCUAGCUAAAUUAGCAAUUAAUGGGUAAACUACUUCUAAAAUACUUAAAUUAUGUGUGUGAUGGGGACCUGGAUUUGGGUAGAAAAGGAAACAUAGGGUGCCUUAGCACAGACUCCCCAACCUCAUCCACCAAAGUGAAUUACUACAUCAUCUAAUGCACUUUAUUUUAUUUUGCAUCUUCUGUGGUUUUGUUUCUAUUUACAACUGCUAGCACAAAUUUGGCCCAAAGAGUAGUCAUGUGUUUUUAAUUUUUCACUUGAAUCUAACAAGAGAAAACAAAACUUAUUUCCCUUCAUUUUUGCAUAGUAUGUGAUAAAGUUGUAAAUAUUUGAUUUCUAUUAAAAAUCUUUGAAUACAAAAUGUAAAUAAAGCUAUUCUAAUGCCUGUUUAGGAUGUUCACUUAUUUUUGAUAAUAAAAGCGGUUGUGUACAAACUG